GAUCUGACCCACGCGUCCACAUUUUCCACGUUCCCGGCCUGCUCAAGUUCCUCUGCUUUAUGGACCGAUUGGUAGUUGCUCUUUUGAAGUCUCUCGGUCAAGUGAUAUCAUGCUCAGUUUAGGAGCCUCCAUUUUUGUUGUCCAAGUUCUGGUCCUGGUCUCUGCCAUUGAACCCGACCAUCUUGUCCCUGAAACGAAUGGCACCUCCAGAUCGGGCAAAGCCUUGUCAAUAUUCCAAGUAAUCAGGUUCAAGCAUGAUCCUUGCCCUGGAGAUGGAAAUAGGAAUGGAACAUGCUUUUCAAGUGCCGAGUGUACCAACUUAGGUGGUGAAAGCUCAGGCACAUGUGCCAAUGGAUAUGGAGUUUGCUGCAUAAUGUCGCUUGCGUGUGGUGGAACAUCCUCUACUAAUUGCACCUAUUUGUCUCAGCCAAAUGGUGUCAACAUGAUGAUACCUAAUCCAUGUCAGUACACCAUUUGCAAAGCGCACGAUGACAUUUGUCGGGUUCGUCUUGACUUUAUGACCUUCAGUAUUGCCGGUCCUCAAGUUGGAACUACCUCUGAUACUGGAUUAUUGGAUGUGGGAGAUGCCAUUGGUGAUUGCCUCACGGAUUCUUUUCAAGUAGCAUUGGGUGAAGGUGCUUCUCCUGGCGAGAUUUGUGGAUUCAACACGGGUCAACACAUGAUUUAUGAGCCCAGCGAUUUAUGCGAUGAAUUGUCCUUUAUUUUGGGCGGAGGUGUUUCGAUGAAUAGAGAAUGGGACAUCAAGGUCACGCAAUACAAGUGCGGAGAGGAAAACGUUGCCGGUCCAAUUGGAUGUCUUCAAUACUUCCCAGAAGCAACUGGGCGUAUUUCCAGUUAUAACUUUCCCACGACCUCGACAACGGUGGGAGCGCAAACGACUCAUUUGUCUAGACAAGGCUAUAAUGUCUGCAUCCGACGUCAACCAGGCGCUUGUGCCAUUUGCUAUGUUCCAUCCAUUGUGGUUGAUCCUGCCACUCCCGAGGACCAGUCGUCCUUUGGAUUGGAUAAAGGAACCGACACUGUUUUUGACAACGAUUGUGGCGUAGACUAUUUGGCCAUCCCAUUGGCUGAGGAAUUCCCUGUGGCAGAUCCCACCGAGAUUGGGAAGCAACUUAUUUGCGGUCGAAUUUUUAGCGUCAUUGAUGGAUCCACUGUGCCAACUUCAGUUUGCUCCACAUCCGUGCCCUUUAUUCUUGGUGUUUCUACCGGAGGUGAUGAGUUCACUGCCAAGGCCGACCCAGCCAAGAACGAGCUGAUGAUGGCUCCUGGUGGAAUUGUGGGCUUUAGUCUAGACUAUAGACAAGUUCCUUGUUGAUUUGAACCGAAAGGUUUGCACUCAAUUUCUUGGCUCUGUUAUACAGAGCGUUGCUUUUGUGAUGAAAAAAAUUAUUGACAACACUAUAGAACGAAGAAUAAAGAAAUAACUUUA